GAAAUCCAAAAACAGCAAUUAACCAGAUUUACAUGGCGUGUGUUUGUUCAUCAUCUUCAUCAAUUGCAAUGGCGGAGAGGAUUUCUUGCUACACUGCUUUGUUCUUGGCAGUAAUGCUGGUUUUGAGCUGCUGUGAAUCAAGUCGUGAAAGCGAAUUCGCGGUUCGGAUGCUGCAGAAAGACAUGGUCAACAACAAGCCGUGCGAUGAAAUUUACGUGGUUCGGGAAGGAGAGACGCUGCAAACUAUCAGUGAAAAAUGUGGGGAUCCAUUUAUUGUUGAGGAGAAUCCACAUAUCCAUGACCCAGACGAUGUUUUCCCCGGCCUCGUUAUCAGGAUCACCCCUUUCAACAAUAGCUAGUUAGUGAGCUUCCAUUCCUUUGCAAUUAAGUUAAUUUAAGGUUAUUUUUUAGUUAGAAUUCAUAUGGGCUUGCCUGUCUCUUGGGGCCGGUGGUAAUUAAUAUUGGUGGAGAAACAUAUGUCAUUUACGGAUUUGAGACAAAAAAAAGAUGCAAUAGAUAAAAUGUAACGAUAGUUUUGUUGUAUUUAUUGGUGUGUAAUUGAAAGGUACGUCAUG